CCAGCGAGCCGCGGCGCUGGCGGCGGGCGGCAGGAUGGUGCAGAAGGAGGGGCAGGCGGCGCUGGAGGAGCCCCAAGGCAGUCCCAACCCGGCCGGGGUGCCCGGUGCCCCCUUAGAACCGCCGGGCGCCGCGGCAGGGCCGGUCCCGGGGGGCGAGGAGACCGACACCGAGACGGAGACCGCGCUGGGCUCCCGCCGCUUCCUCUGCGGAGUCGUCGAAGGAUUUUAUGGAAGACCUUGGGUGAUGGAGCAGAGGAAAGAACUUUUUAGAAGGCUUCAGAAGUGGGGACUGAAUACCUACCUGUAUGCUCCAAAGGAUGACUACAAGCACAGGAUGUUUUGGCGAGAAAUGUACUCUGUGGAGGAAGCAGAGCAGCUAAUGACUCUAAUAUCAGCUGCACGAGAACAUGAAAUAGAAUUCAUCUAUGCAAUCUCACCUGGACUUGACAUCACUUUCUCCAAUCCUAAAGAGGUGUCCACAUUGAAGCGUAAGCUGGACCAGGUUUCUCAGUUUGGCUGCAGGUCUUUUGCACUGCUGUUUGAUGAUAUUGAUCACAACAUGUGCGCAGCAGACAAAGAAGUUUUCAGUUCUUUUGCUCAUGCUCAAGUCUCAAUCACAAAUGAGAUAUAUCAAUAUCUAGGAGAACCAGACACAUUCCUUUUCUGUCCUACAGAGUACUGUGGAACUUUCUGUUACCCAAAUGUUGCCCAGUCUCCGUAUUUACGGACUGUAGGAGAAAAACUGCUCCCUGGAAUUGAAGUGUUAUGGACAGGUCCGAAAGUUGUAUCCAAAGACAUUCCUGUAGAAUCCAUUGAAGAAGUUUCUAAGAUCAUCAGGAGAGCCCCAGUUAUCUGGGAUAACAUUCAUGCUAAUGAUUAUGAUCAGAAGAGGCUUUUUCUUGGGCCUUACAAGGGUCGGUCAACUGAGCUCAUCCCUCGACUCAAGGGUGUUCUGACCAAUCCAAACUGUGAAUUUGAAGCCAAUUAUGUUGCCAUUCACACGCUUGCAACCUGGUACAAGUCUAACAUGAAUGGAGUGAGAAAAGAUGUGGUGAUGACUGAUACUGAAGACAGCACGGUUUCAAUCCAGAUUAAAUUGGAAAAUGAGGGGAGUGAUGAAGAUAUUGAAACAGAUGUUCUCUACAGCCCACAAAUGGCCCUGAAGUUGGCCUUAACAGAAUGGUUACAGGAGUUUGGAGUACCUCAGCAAUACAGCAGUAGGCAAGUGGCCCACAGUGGUGCUAAAACCUCUGUAGGGGAUGUAGGGCCACUGGUGGCACCAUCCUCUUUAAAUGCAGCAACAGUGGUUACCACGGUGUACCAGGAGCCCAUCAUGAGCCAGGGUGCAGCGCUGAGCAGUGACUCACCAGCCUUGGCCAAGGAGGAGGAGAAGAAGCAAUCUGAUGAGGAACCAAUGGACAUGGUGGUGGAAAAACAAGAUGAUGCAGACAAGAAUGCAAACCAGAUACUGACAGAUAUUGCUGAAGCCAAGAUGGCAGAGGAGCUGAAGCCAAUGGAUACAGAUAAGGAGAGUAUAGUUGAGUCAAAGUCUCCAGAGAUGUCUAUGCAGGAGGACUCUGGUAGUGACAUUGCACCUAUGCAGACUGAUGAGCAAAUUAACAAAGAACAUUUUGUGCCUGGGCCGAAUGAAAAGCCUCUUUACGCAGUAGAACCAGUGACUUUAGAGGACUUACAGCUUCUUGCUGACUUGUUUUACCUUCCUUAUGAACAUGGACCCAAAGGUGCACAGAUGCUGAGGGAAUUCCAGUGGCUUAGAGCAAACAGCAGUGUUGUCAGUGUAAAUUGCAAAGGAAAGGAUGCUGAAAAAAUAGAAGAAUGGCGUAACCGAGCAGCCAAGUUUGAAGAGAUGUGCAGCUUGGUGAUGGGCAUGUUCACUCGCCUCUCCAAUUGUGCCAACAGGACAAUCCUUUAUGACAUGUACUCCUACGUCUGGGAUAUCAAGAGUAUUAUGUCAAUGGUGAAAUCUUUUGUGCAGUGGUUAGGGUGUCGUAGUCAAUCUUCAGCACAGUUCUUAAGUGGAGACCAAGAACCCUGGGCCUUUAGAGGUGGUCUAGCAGGAGAGUUCCAGCGUUUGCUGCCUAUUGAUGGGGCAAAUGACCUCUUUUUUCAACCACCUCCAUUAACACCCACUUCCAAAGUGUACACCAUACGACCCUACUUCCCUAAAGAUGAGGCAUCUGUAUAUAAGAUCUGCAGAGAAAUGUAUGCUGAUGGAGCUGAUCAACCCUUCCAUAGUUUACCAGAUUUAAUUGGAGACAAGUUAGUUGGAGGUCUGCUCACCCUCAGCCUGGAUUACUGCUUUGUCUUAGAAGAUGAGGAUGGCAUAUGUGGCUAUGCUUUGGGAACAGUUGAUGUAACUCCCUUCAUUAAGAAAUGCAAAAUGUCUUGGAUCCCUUUCAUGCAAGAAAAAUACACUAAACCAAAUAGUGACAAGGAGCUGUCUGAAGCAGAGAAAAUAAUGCUAAGCUUCCAUGAAGAACAAGAAGUAUUGCCAGAAUCGUUCCUUGCUAACUUCCCAUCUUUGAUAAAGAUUGAUAUCCACAAAAAAGUGACAGAUCCAAGUGUGGCCAAGAGUAUGAUGGCCUGCCUGCUCUCUUCUCUAAAGGCUAAUGGCUCCCGUGGGGCUUUUUGUGAAGUGAGACCAGAUGAUAAAAGAAUCUUGGAAUUUUACAGCAAGCUGGGUUGUUUUGAAAUUGCUAAAAUGGAAGGAUUUCCAAAGGAUGUUGUUAUCCUUGGAAGAAGCCUUUGAAGUGCUUGACAGUGAACUGUUCCAGUACUGUAGACCCUUAACAGCUGGGCAGGUAGUGGUGGGGAUCUUCAUAUGGUCUAACUGCACAAAGCCAGCAAUAAGCCAGCUUGGUAAAAGGGGCUAUGCGAAAAUCACCCAUCACACAUUCAGACUGUCAUUUGUUGGAAGGGGGUAAUGCUGCUGAAAACAUUGUUAAACAAAGAGAAACCCUGUCCUCUCCUGGUCCUGUGUGAAGUGCCAAGGAAUCUUGCAUGGGCUAUAGCUUCUCAGAGGAAUCCCUCUCAGUUGGUGCUGUGGUUGAUGACAGUUCUCUGUGUUCAGCUGUCAACAGAAAAUUGGUCUCUGGCAGAAUGCCUAUAAAGAUGCAGGUUUUGUUCUCUGUCAUAGAGCAGGAUGUGCAAUUGCAAGUUGCAGAAAUGGGAGGGGUUGCUUGUGUCAAUCAGCAUUUUUAAGAUAAGUAGUUACAGUUCUAUUUUUUACUACCUUUAUGCUUGUUGAUAAAGCAAUGACCCGUUGUCACUUCUAAU